AUGUUGAUCGAUAAUUUCAAGGUAGACUCACCAAACGUCCAGUAUGAGAGCGACGCGAUCGCCGCCACAUAUAACUACGACCAUACCGAUCUGUCACAAGGGCCCGACGGAAAAUGGAUUGUAAGGCCGACCACAACACAAUACGAGCUCAGAACGAGCACGCGGGUACCCAAGCUUGGGGUAAUGCUUGUUGGAUGGGGAGGCAACAAUGGAUCCACAGUGACGGCAGGGUGCCUCGCCAACAAGCACGGCAUCACAUGGAUGACCAAGGAGGGUCUGAGGAAGCCCAACUACUGGGGCUCGGUAUUACAGGCAUCCACCUGCCGCAUUGGCAAUUACCGCGGAGAGGAGGCAUACACCCCUUUCUCCUCGCUUCUGCCGAUGGUCCACCCCAAUGACAUCGUCUGGGGCGGCUGGGACAUCUCCAGCCUCAAUCUGGCUGAAGCCAUGGAGCGCGCUCAGGUGCUGGACUUUGAGCUGCAGCGGCAGCUGGUGCCCUACAUGAAAGACAUGGCGCCGCUGCCGGGCAUCUACGACGCCGACUUCAUCGCGGCCAACCAGGACACGCGCGCGGACAACCUCAUCAAGGGAAGCCGCCAGCAGCAGCUUGACCAGCUGCGCGCUGACAUCCGCGAGUUCCAGCAGCGCACCGCCGUUGACAAGGUCGUGAUAUUAUGGACGGCCAACACCGAGCGCUACAGCGACGUUGCGGAGGGCCUGAAUGACACAGCCGAGAACUUCUUGGCGGCGAUUGAGAGGGACGAGAGCGAGAUUGCGCCGUCCAGCAUCUACGCGGCGGCUGCCAUCCUGGAGGGCGUUCCCUUCAUCAAUGGCUCCCCCCAGAACACCUUUGUGCCGGGCCUCAUCGAGCUCGCCGUCCAAAAAGGCGUGCUGAUUGGCGGGGACGACUUCAAGAGCGGGCAGACGAAGAUGAAGAGCGUGCUGGUGGACUUUUUGGUGGGCGCGGGCAUCAAGCCCACCUCCAUAGUGUCCUACAACCACCUGGGCAACAACGAUGGCAUGAACCUGUCCGCGCCCCAGACCUUCCGCUCCAAGGAGAUCUCCAAGAGCAACGUGGUGGACGACAUGGUGGCGAGCAACCCGCUGCUGUACUCGCCUGGGGAGCACCCGGACCACUGCGUGGUGAUCAAGUACAUCCCCUACGUGGCCGACAGCAAGCGCGCGAUGGACGAGUACAGCGCCGAGAUCUUCCUGGGCGGCCGCCAGACCAUCGUCAUGCACAAUACCUGCGAGGACAGCCUCCUAGCGGCGCCCAUCAUCCUCGACCUUGUCAUCCUCUCAGAGCUGCUCGGCCGCAUCCAGGUCCGCGCAGAGGGACAGGAGGAGCUGCACGCGAUGCAUCCGGUGGCUGUGCUGCUGAGCUACCUGACCAAGGCCCCACUGGUGCCGGAGGGAACGCCUGUGAUCAACGCCCUGGGCCGCCAGCGCGCCAUGCUGGAGAACGUGGCGCGCGCCUGCAUCGGCCUGCCGCCCGACAACAACAUGAUGCUCGAGUUCAAG